CCCAACCCAGUCCAGUGACGCACUCAGCCGAGAGAGAGAAUCGAUGAGAGUGAUGAAGAACGAGACAACAAAAAGAUAUAGCGGUGCAAAGCCACACCGCGUCAUGCAUGCCACAGCUAUAGCGCAACAGGUGCGCCUCAGAGAAGAAUAGCACGCAGGCUAGGCUAGAAGGAGAGAGAGAGAAUUACAUCAUCACCCCAAGGACACAAUAGCAGCUCGCUCUGCCUGCCUGCAGGAGCCCUGCCGCUGCCGCUGCCGCUGCUGCCUCCCGCGGGCGGUGCGUCAAAAAUUAGCAGCCAGCGUCCACAUUUUCACGGUCCCCUAUAUUUCUCUUAUCCCACUCUCCUGCCCUAUUACCCUCCCUAAGAUCACCCUCUUCGUUAACCUUGCCCAAGCCAAGAACACCCCAGAAAUCCAAAGGAAGGGGAGCUAGCUGCCGAUCGAUCCACGGAUCGUCCACCAUGGACUUCGACGAGCACGAUGAUGGGGACGGAGACGAGGAGAUGGCGCCCAUGCCUGUGAGCUCGAGCUUCGAGGCGCCGCCGCCGCCCCAGCUGCUGCAUCCGGGGCUCGCACAUGGGGUGCCCGUGCCCAAGCCUGGGGACUCUGGCGGAGGGCGCUUCAGGACUCCCAGCGUGAGGUACCGGGAGUGCCUGAAGAACCAUGCCGUCGGCAUCGGCGGGCACGCCGUGGACGGGUGCGGCGAGUUCAUGGCCGCUGGCGAGGAUGGCUCCAUCGACGCGCUCAGCUGCGCCGCCUGCGGCUGCCACCGCAACUUCCACCGCAAGGAGUCCGAAGAAUCCCCCGCUGCUGCUGCCGUUGCCGCUGCCGCCGCAGGCGCCAUUACCCCUUACGGCGCCAUGCCGCCGCUGCCCGGCCACCAUGGCCAGUUCUCACCCUACUACCGGACUCCUGCCGGGUACCUCCACCACCCCCAGCAACACCACCACCACCACCAGAUGGCCGCCGCCAUGGCCGCGGGGCACGCGCAGCGGCCGCUGGCGCUCCCCUCCACGUCGCACUCCGGGGGUCGUGACGAGGCCGGCGCCGCGGACGUCGACAUGUCUGCCAUGAUGCUCAGCCCCGUGGUGAUGGGCUCAAUGUCCAUGGCGGGCCUCUCCUUCGGGUCCGGCGGCUCCGCGGGAGGCCCGUACGGGUCCGGGGGCUCGGCCGGGAAGAAGCGGUUCCGGACCAAGUUCUCCCAGGAGCAGAAGGAGCGGAUGCAGGCCUUCGCGGACCGGCUGGGGUGGCGCAUCCAGAAGCACGACGAGGCUGCCGUGCAGCAGUUCUGCGAGGAGGUCGGCGUCAAGCGCCACGUGCUCAAGGUCUGGAUGCACAACAACAAGCACACCCUCGGCAAGAAGCCGCUGCCAUGACGCAUGGCUCUAGCUAGCUAGCUAAGCUAAGCUCCUGGCCGGCCGUUGCUUCUGCUAGGUACUCGCAUUAUCCAUGCAUCUUAGCAUCUCCUUGGCGGCUUAAUUAGCCUUUAGCUGACGAUCGAGUAGAUUCGUAGCGAGCAGAAGUAGUUCUUGUUGUUGGUUUUAGGACAUGGAUGAGGAAUGGUGCAUGGUGGACUCUAGCUUCUUAAUUUCUUCAUCUCUUGUUUUCUCUGGCUUAUCAGAGUGUGGUUCUUCGGGUUUGCCUUGCCAUUGUUGUUUCCUGGUACUUAGGAUCUGAUGAUCGAUGAUGACGUUGGUGUUGGGAAGGAGGAGGCCGUGGCCAUUUGCC